AUGGAUGGUAAAACCACUACAACAUCGGAUAUAAUUCUAUUUCUUUCCGUAAUCAAUGGUUCAUUUAUAUUACAUUGUGAAGACUUAACUAUGCUACGUUUUUGUCUUGCAACUUAUAUAAAUAUCGUUAAACAUUUUCGACAUAUAUUUGCCACGAAUGGGUACCUUUUAAUAAUGCCAACGUUUUUGCAUGUUUAUUCACAUACUCAAUCAAAUCCAAUGUUAAGAAAAGCAAUUGAAUAUUGUUGUCGACAAUUUUAUAUUUUACAUCGUAUACCAUUUAUAUUACAAAUGCUUGGUAGUAUAUCACAAUUAGUUGAUUUAGAUCAAUCAACUAACAUUACAAAUACAAAUAAAAUUCAAUCAUUAUAUUUAUUUCGUUUACUAAUUGCAUUAGAACAAACAAAUAUUGAUGCUAUGUAUGAUGAUUAUUUUAUAUUAGAAUUAGUUAAACAUGAUUCAGUAACAACAAAUAGAGCAGUUCAUAUACCAACUGGAAAUAUGUCUGUUAUUGCAGUACUUGGACAAGGAACUUUGAUUGCACCAAUAGUUAUUAAAUCAUUAGAUUUUUGUUAUGCAGAUGACGAUACAAUAUUUACGUUGAUUAAUUGUUUUGAUGUUUGUGUUACUGUUGUUGCUUAUGCACCUGAUUCAAUUCGUUCAUUACAAAUGCUCAGUGUAAUCGAUAUACUUUUACCAAAAUAUUUAGAAUAUAUAAAAGAUUCUACAAAUAAAAAUGAUAUUCAAAAACGUGGACGUGAUGAAAUAAAAAUAAUUGAAAAAUUAUCUAUUACUAUUAAAACAUUAAUCAAUACAUCAGAAUGGUUAACACGAGCAUUUAUUGAACCUAAAUGUGAUACAUCAUUAGAUGGUAUUUAUAAAUAUUCACGUGCUUCAUAUCGUUCACCAUCUAUUGUAAUUGAAGAAGAUUCAACUAAUCGUUUUAUUGAUGAUCGUACAAAAUCUAGAACACAAGAUACUGAUGAACUUAAGCAAGCAUCUGAAUUUCGUAGACCUCGUGAUACAUUCUUAUCAAUUAUAUCAACAUUUAUUCAUUUUUCUACUCAACGUUUAAAUGAAUUAAUUAAAUUACUUCAUGAUUCAAUAAAUCGAAUGCCUGAACUACUUGAUGCUAAAUCACAUAUACGUCUUGCAGAUAUAGUUCAUACAUUACUUAAAUUAGGUAGUUUUGAUCCUAUAACAAUAUGUUGUUGUGGUAUACAAAAUUAUUUUCAAAAAUUAUUACCAUAUACAAAUUGGAGUGAUGAACAAUUACGACCAGCAUUAAAUCAUUUAUUAAGACGUAUUGAUCGAAUGUUUAUUAAAAUUUGUAAAAAACAAAUAACAAAACGUUGUUUUGAUUGGGAAGCAACAGCUGGAAUUUUAAAUGGAAUUUAUUUAACGAUUGAUCGGCAUCCAUAUAUUGCAUAUUUUCCAAAUUUGAAAGCAUUAAUUUCUGGUUGUAUUGCGUUAAUAUUAAAUGAAAAUCUAACAGAUUCAAAUCAUAGUGUACCAUGUUUGAAUGUAUUGAUUUUUCCAAAAGAAUUUUCUCGUUCUGUUAUUAAACUUGUCGGACGAUAUUUAUUAGCUACUAACGUAAGUAAAUAA